GACACAACCGAUUCUCUCUCUAUAACGCUCUCACUCUCUCGAUUAACCCCAAAACCCUAAAGCCCAAAAUCAGAAAAAUCGCACACCAAGCCCUCCUCUCAUCAUCAUGGGCACUCCGGAAACGUCCAGGGAACCCUGUCCCGAUCGGAUCCUCGACGAUGUCGGCGGCGCCUUUGGCAUGGGCGCGGUCGGCGGCUCGGCUUUCCACUUCCUCAAGGGCAUCUACAACUCCCCUAAGGGCGAGCGCCUCAUCGGCGGCUCCCAAGCCGUGAGGAUGAACGCGCCGCGGGUUGGUGGCAGCUUCGCCGUCUGGGGAGGCCUCUUCUCCGCCUUUGAUUGCACCAUGGUCUACGUCCGCCAGAAGGAGGAUCCCUGGAAUUCUAUCAUCGCUGGUGCCGCGACCGGCGGGUUCCUCCAGAUGCGUCAGGGAUUAGCCGCUUCCACUCGAUCGGCCAUCUUCGGCGGCGUACUAUUGGGUCUCAUUGAGGGAGCUGGGAUCAUGCUGAACAAGGUCCUGAGCGCUCCUCAAAAUCUUCCAAUGACGAUGGAAGAGCCUGUGCCCGGCAUGACUCCCGGUCCCGUAUCCGGAUAUCCGAUGGGUCAGUUACCUGGCAUGACUCCGCCUGCGCCACCGGCGCCGGAGCCUUCUUCUGGUUCAAGUUCGUGGUUUGGAGGGUUGUUUGGCGGGGGAAAGAAGCAAGAACCGGCUGCGAAUAGUGGAAGCAAGACGGAGAUUUUGGAGAGCUUCGACACGCCUACACCGAUGCCAAGUUUUGAGUACAAGUGAAUUAUGGGGUUUUGAGGUCUUUUUUCUGGUAAAAGACCAAAGGAGGGAUUUGAAAUUUAUUUAUUGCUAGGAUCUGUUAUCAUGAACUUGGCCUCUGAAAUCUAAUAUCAACUUCUUUUCGCUGUUUCCAUCAUAUAGAAUAUAGUUAUAGGAUUGUAUAAUAAUGCUUUUUGGUAUUAGAUGAGGUUAUUUUGAGAAAAGUUAAAUAGUGAUUAAGUAUUAUUUAUUGAUUCA